AUCAAAUAAAAACCGACAAAACUUAGCUCUCUAAAAGGGAGAAAUAUUUAUAUUUUAAACGAAACUGCCACUGGAAGCACAACACUUAACUACUAUAGACUGAGGAAAUGUUUUGGGGACUCAGCUCGGCUUUGGACUUGUACGACGAAUACCUGAAGGCCUUCAGGAUCAAUGACGUCGACGGUGAAGAUGAGAGUAAAGGUGGCGGAGAUGGACCAGCGUCCCCAAAAACACUAAACAUUCUGCUCCUUGGGGAAACCGAUGCUCGUCAUGUGAUCCGUACUCUGGCCAAACGGUAUACGCAUCGGAUGAAGCCUGACAUCCACAUCUAUAUCGUGGAGGGAAGCAUCGAAAUAGUUGCCCGGCACAUGAUGCUCUUGGCUGUGGCCCUGGAGGAUCCCUCCUCCUUCAAUCUCGUUAGCAAAGCGCAUCUGUACAUGGAUCUGUAUGGGAACACCAUGAUCCGUCCAAGCACUAAUUCCUACAUGGCUGCCAAAGGGCGCACUUUCAUGAAAAUGGUCGCAGACGAAGACGAACUCCAGAGCCUGGCACCCAUACUGAAUAUCCAGUUCUUAAAGUACAGGGAGCGCGAUGGCCUGUCGAUGGCCUUCAAUUUCUGGCAACCAGUACCCCGACAUAUCUACAACAUAACAGAGUACUGGGAGCAGCGCGGAAGAGCUCUCUUGGGCACUCGCUACGACCACCGGAACGGAGUCUUCGACUGGGACUUGAACAUGACUCUCAAGGAUCGCGGUGGCCAGCAGAUCUGCUCGCAGGAGUAUCGUUACUGGCGGGAGUCCGGCGUGGCUUUCGUAUUUCCAGAGUACGAGCACUGCAAGCCAAACAAAACCUUCUGCGCCGGAUUGGUCCAGAAUGGCACUGACUUCAAGCAUCGCGGCUAUGUGGGCGACAUCCAGACGGGUCCCUUUUGUGGCUACGGAUUGCGCACUGCCGAGGAGCGGAUGCAUCACUCGGCGCACGGGGAAAACGACUACCGGGCCACCGAUAUAACCGAGCGUAAUCUCCUUGAAUUCUUCCACGAACUGCAAACCCAAGAGCCAUACGAGCACGAUGCCACCCGAUCCCGGCGCUACGGAUCUGUUCAAUUACUGAUGACGCCGCUAUUGAGCCACCAGCAGGAAGAGGAUAUCAGUAGCACGGCCAGCUACCAUCGUCCCUGGAUCAAGGUACCUGGUGUCACGGUUCACUACUUGUCAUCAGUGGUAAUCCCGCAGAUGCAGUCGGGCGAAGAGCAAUGGAACAGCAUGUUCGAUAUUAUCUUCGUGGCUUACAACUACAAUGUCUUCCUGAAAAAGUCGGUCUUCACAAGGACUCUGAAGCCGCAGGGCCUGUUCAUCCUGGAAACUAUGCAAAUGACCGUUAAUCGCAAGGAUAUGGUAAAGAACUACGAGUCGGAUGCCAAGAAGUAUUUGAAAGAGUCAGGACUCAAGCCGGUUGUCAAUUAUAAUGCCAUAAAUAGCAAGAACCAGGUUCUCAGAUACAGGAAACCUCUUUUGGAUGACGGCAACGAUGCUGAUGAGGAGGAGGAGGUUGAAGAGGAGAUGAAGGAUGAGGAGGAUCAGGAGGAGGAAGAUAACGAAGAGUUAUCUGAGAAGGAUAAGGCUGAUAAAAAAAAGAAUAAAGAUAAGUGUUCCUGCGAGGAGGAAAACAAGAAGAACCAUAAGUGUUCCUGCGAGGAGAAGAAAUGUAAGUGUUGCAGCGAGGAGCCUCCUGAGGAUUAUGAGCUAGAAGAUGACACCAAACUAAAUCCAAAUAAAGAAGACAAAGAACACGUAAAUAUUCAGCAGAAGAUCGCUUCUGAGGGAAAAAUCGAAGAAGUAGAAACUCCUAUCGACGAAUUUGGUGAUCGUUAUGAAACAAGUAUGGAAAAAUUGGAAAAAAUGAAGAGGAAGCAAAAGGAUCUGGAACAACAAAUGAAGAAGGAUCCCAACAACCUGGGGAAGACUAAAUUGAAGAACAAAGCUUUUGAAGAAAGAAUCAAAGUAUUAGUAAACCCGGUUAAGGAAAAGGAAGAGCCUGAAAAAGAAUUGGAAAGCCCAGUUAAGACGGAGGAUACUAGCGAUAUUAAGACCAGUGUAGUUCCUUCUGACGAUCCCGAUCUGGAAGAAUUUCUUCGACUAGAGAAUGAAUACUGCUCCUAAUAAAACAAAAUUAUUUUUCAAUUUAUUGAAUAAAACAGGUAACGUUAA